GUCAUUGGCUCUGUGUGGGGAUUUCCAAUCUCCUAAAUUUGCUAGGUAAUUUUGUAAAAAAAUUAUAGUUUCUAAUGAUAGGAAAAAAGCAUCUGCAUGCUAAUUUCAUGCAUAUGUACGUUGUUACUGAAGUUAGAGUUACAAAUAGGAAAAAAAAAAAAAAGCACAGAUCUGGAAGAUAGAAGUCUUCAUUUUGUUAAGAGUUCUCCCUGCUAUAUAAAAAAAUAAAAAUAAAAAAAGCAAAGAUGGCAAGAGGAGAUAUGCUACCAUUUUGAUGUAGUCACCAAAGAAGCAGGUGAAGAGGGAAUGCUCUCUUUUUAAAAGUUGAACGGCUGGGAUCGUUACUUGGCCAGUAGGGAGUGAGCAAUAGCUUUUGUAAGAAUAAGAAUAAGAGCACUCUUUGGUGGAAGGGAAGCAGAGUCCUUCGGUUAUUUGAGUUGCAAAUUAAUGGCUACUGAUGAAGGCACUGAUAACAAAUUAGGAAGGGUGUGGGUUUUGGAUCAGCAGUUUGAUCAACCCAUGGAUGAAGAAGCUAAGAAGCUUAGAAAUCCAUAUAAUGAAAAGAAAUUUUCAACAUUAAUGGUUAUGCAGCUUGCAUUUCAAAGCCUCGGUGUGGUCUAUGGUGAUUUAGGCACAUCUCCUCUCUAUGUGUUCUACAAUACAUUUCCUAAUGGAAUUAGUGACCCGGAGGAUUUAGUUGGAGCUUUAUCUGUCAUCAUAUAUUCCCUCACUCUAAUUCCCCUCCUGAAGUAUGUUUUUAUUGUCUGUAGAGCAAAUGACAACGGUCAAGGUGGAACAUUUGCUCUUUAUUCAUUACUCUGUCGAUAUGCAAACAUAAAGGCUAUUCCGAACCAAGACCAUACAGAUGAGACUGUAACAACAUAUAGUCAUUCCACAUUUGGGGAGCAAUCAUUUGCUGCACGAACCAAGACAUGGUUGGAGGGACAAGCAAUAUUGAAGAACACUCUUCUAAUUCUUGUUCUAGUUGGUUCCAGCAUGGUGAUUGGGGAUGGGAUUCUGACUCCAGCCAUAUCAGUUCUGUCAGCAGUUGGUGGGAUCAAUGUGCGCCGCUCUGAGAUCAGUAAUGAUGUAGUUGUGUUAGUUGCUGUUGUUAUGCUGGUACUACUGUUUACAGUGCAACACCAUGGUACAGACAAAGUUGUUUGGUUGUUUGCACCAAUAGUGCUCCUUUGGUUUCUCUUAAUAGGAGGGAUUGGCUUGUUCAACAUUUGGAAAUAUGAUAGUACCGUUCUAAAAGCUUUUUCACCUAUGUAUGUAUAUCGAUUUUUUAAGAGGGGAGGAAAAGACGGUUGGACAUCUCUAGGAGGUAUUAUGCUUACCAUAACAGGAACAGAAGCACUCUUUGCUGACCUCUCCCAUUUCCCAGUCCCGUCAAUACAGAUAGCUUUCACAUCAGUUGUAUUUCCUUGCCUUCUUUUAGCAUAUUCUGUUCUGUCAGCAGUUGGUGGGAUCAAUGUGCGCCGCUCUGAGAUCAGUAAUGAUGUAGUUGUGUUAGUUGCUGUUGUUAUGCUGGUACUACUGUUUACAGUGCAACACCAUGGUACAGACAAAGUUGUUUGGUUGUUUGCACCAAUAGUGCUCCUUUGGUUUCUCUUAAUAGGAGGGAUUGGCUUGUUCAACAUUUGGAAAUAUGAUAGUACCGUUCUAAAAGCUUUUUCACCUAUGUAUGUAUAUCGAUUUUUUAAGAGGGGAGGAAAAGACGGUUGGACAUCUCUAGGAGGUAUUAUGCUUACCAUAACAGGAACAGAAGCACUCUUUGCUGACCUCUCCCAUUUCCCAGUCCCGUCAAUACAGAUAGCUUUCACAUCAGUUGUAUUUCCUUGCCUUCUUUUAGCAUAUUCUGGUCAGGCUGCCUAUCUCAUGAAGAAUUCUGAUAAUGUGUUAAACGCUUUUUACCAUUCUAUUCCAGACAGCAUAUAUUGGCCAGUGUUUAUAGUUGCUACUGCAGCUGCUGUUGUUGCAAGUCAGUCCACCAUAACCGCAACUUUUUCACUAAUCAAGCAGGCACUUGCACUUGGCUGUUUCCCAAGGGUCAAAGUUGUACAUACAUCAAAGAAGUACCGUCACCACAUAUAUAUUCCAGAAGUUAAUUGGCUUGUUAUGAUUCUCUGCAUUGUUGUAACAGCUGGCUUUAAAAAUCAAAACCAAAUUGGUAACGCCUCCGGGACGGCGGUUUGUAUAGUCAUGUUGGUAACCACAUUGCUUAUGAUUUUGGUCAUGAUAUUGGUCUGGCGCUGCCAUUUGAUUCUUGUCCUCCUCUUCACUGGUUUAUCACUACUAAUAGAGGGCACUUACUUCUCUGCUGUACUCCUCAAGGUCAAUCAAGGAGGCUGGGUUCCUCUUGUGAUCUCAGCAGCCUUCUUUAUUGUUAUGUAUGCUUGGCAUUAUGGUACAGUAAAACGUUACGAGAUUGAAGUCCACAGUAAGGUCUCGAUGGCAUGGAUUCUCGGACUUGGUCCCAGUUUAGGAUUGGUUCGUGUACCUGGGAUAGGCCUUGUGUACACUGAGCUAGCAAGUGGAGUGCCUCGCAUCUUUUCUCACUUGAUCACCAACCUACCCGCCAUCCAUAAUGUUGUUGUCUUUGUCUGUGUGAAGUACCUUCCUGUCUACACAGUCCAAGAAGAAGAAAGGUUCCUUGUAAAGCGGAUUGGCCCAAAGAAUUUCCACAUGUUUCGCUGCGUUGCAAGAUAUGGCUAUAAAGACAUCCACACAAAAGAUGACGAUUUUGAGAAAAAACUCUUUGCCAGUCUUUUCUUGUUUCUCCUGGUAGAGUCAUUGGCAGAACCAUCUUCUGGCUCUGAUAUAUCUAGUUUACUUGGUCAGCAAACUAGGCAAUCAAGAAGUAGCACGUUCAAUAGUAUCAGCAACAUACCUUACUCCACCGCAGACCUGUCAAUUCAGUCGAAUGACUCAAUCGUCCCGGGUGGUUCUCCACUUCAUGAAAACAACACUUUGACAUUCUCUGAUAUUCAGCCAAGCAGCCAGGUGGUCGAAGACGAGAUUGAUGAGACUGAGUACUUGAACAACUGUAGAGAUGUAGGGGUGGUGCACAUACUUGGAAACACUGUAGUGAGAGCCAGCAGGAACUCAAACUUUUGGAAGAGAAUAACUAUUGAUUACCUAUAUGCAUUUCUUAGGAAGAUAUGUUGGGGAAACAGUGUAAUGCUUAAUGUUCCUCAUGAGAGUCUCUUGAAUGUUGGGCAGGUAUUAUAUGUAUGAGAUUAAUUUCAAUGCCCACAGCCGGUGUAAAUUAUCUCUGAACUGCCAAUAUUAACUUUAUUGAAUGUGUAAGCAUUUGUGUACUA